AUGCACCCAGGUCACGUGCGAGGCGCCUGCGCCGUGCCGCCACAGCCUCUCUCUCCCAGCCGCUCACUCUCCUCCGAUGCGUCGUUCAUGGAACUCUACAAGCUACACACCUAUCCAGAACCCCGCCUCCGCAUCCUGCCCCCGAGGCAGUCAGACUCGCCAGAUCCGACACCGUCUGGCUCUGCGUCGUCCUCGGGCUUGGCUAGCUCGUCGGCCACCGCGAGCACGCCCGUCACUGUCUCCUCCAGCGUGAGCGCGAGCGCGUCCCAGUCGACGUCCCAGCGCUCGUCCGUGGUCACGUCGGGCAGCAGCUCAGACUCGUCCUCUCAGACUUUGUCGUCUUCCAGCGCGUCAGAUACCACCACCCCGCCCUCCACCACAGAUACCCCCACCUCGUCCUCGCCCCCCUCGUCCUCCUCCACCUCCACGGCCACCCCGACCACGACCUCGGACCCUCCCACCAGUUCUUUUGUCACGAGCACGAGCACGAGCACGAGCACGAGCACGCCCGAACCCACUUCUUCCACAGACACACCCACCUCCACCUCGGAAUCCACCUCGGAAUCCACAACCACCUCCACCAGCACGACCAGCAAUGGUCCCUUUACCACCUUUACCUCUCUCAUAACCACCAACAUCAACGGGACGCCCACGACCAUCCCCACCACCAUCGUCUCGUCCACCGCCUCGCAGCACACCACGUCCUCCCGCACCGCCGUCAUCGCCGGCGCCGCGCUCGGCGGCCUCGCUCUCUUCAUCCUCGCCCUCGCCGUCCUCUGGGCCCUCCGCCGCCGCAUCAAAAACCGCGAGUACGCUUCCCUCCUCCACCGCCACAAGCCGCCCCCGCGCGCCGUCUUCCUCGCCGGCGAAGACAUGGGCGAUCCCGCCGCCGCCGCGCGCGCCCCGUACCGCGACCACGACGACCGCGACCCGUUCGCCGCGCACCCCGCCCACGCACAGCAGUACGAGCUCCCCCCGCGCCUCCUCCGCGCGCGCGCCUCCGACUCCGGCUCCAUCUUCCAAGAGUCCGUCUGGCCCCCGCCCGCCCCCGGCAGCCGCCUCCGCGACCCGCUCGCCGCCUCCGCCGCCGGCGCAGACGACCUCGGCUCCAUCGUCGACCGCGUGAUGGGCCCGCCCACGCCCCCGCGCCUCCGCGGCGGCGCAGCCGCCCACGCCAGCGUCGACUCGCUCUCGCUGCGCUACGCCGCCGGCUCGGACCGCGGCCACGACCGCGGCGAGAGCCUGAGCUCCCAGGUCGAGCUGCUGCCCUUUGGCGCGCACACGCCGAGCCCGCUCACCCUCACCAACCCCGACGCCCACACGGACGACGACGCGCCGCCGACGCAGCCGCCGACGCCGGCGCCCAACAGGACUUGGGCCGGGCGCCCGCCGACGCCCACGAAAACAUGGCUGCAGCGCUCCCCGAGGGAUCGGAGCUCGGGCGGCGGCACGAUCGCACACGGACACGAGGCCAGUUUCGGACAGGCGAUAUAA